GAUUGUCAUUUCCCACUCAUCGCUCAUCGUGUUCGGUUGUGCGUGUUGGUUGCUCCGCGUGUGAAACAGCGGUAAGAAAAAAAAAGAGCUAGCAGUUGAAUUUCAUCAGUGCAAAAACCGACGGAAAACGGGAAUAAAGUCAUGUCUGACGCGGUGGAAAAGCGAAAACUCUCCGAGCUGCGGGUAGUGGAUCUGAAGCAAGAGCUGGAGAAACGCGGCAAGGACGGAAAUGGUGUGAAAAAUGUGCUGCUCGAGCGGCUGACUCAGGCGUUGAAGGACGAGAAGUUGGAUCCGGAAACGCACGAGUUUGAAAUUGUGACGUCGGGUAAAACUCCGGCCAAAAAGGGAAAGCCUACCAAGGCAGAGGAAGAUGCUGCCGAAGCAGAGGCUGCCGCCCCUGCGGAAGGUGACCUGAAUAUGGAUGAUAUGGUUGUGCAGGAUGAGUGCAAUGAGGACGAAACAUCGGUUGAGGAGGUCAAGAAGCCAGCUGAGGAAAAGAAGGAAGCAAAGAAGGAAGAGCCAAAGAAAGAGGAAAAAGCGGAAGUGACGAAUGGAGAAGCAGCAAAGAAGGAUGGUGAGGCUGACAAGAGCAGCAAGGAUGACACCAAGGAAACGGAUAAUGAGGAUUCGCUCAACUUGACGAUUGGCGAAGAGGACGAGAAGCUGCUUCAUGAUGACAGUAACGUC